AUGAGCUUAGUAUAUCAAAGGCUGGUCAUUCGAUCACGAAAUUGCUUGACACAAUGUCUGCGGCUUGUCAGUGGUCAAAAGGAGAAAGGUUAGUGCUUGAAUGAUGUCACAAGUUCUAAAUUGUAAGUGUUUCCUUUGCUACAAUAUUGAUCUCUCUCUUUCUCACUAGGUCCUUCUCUCCAGUUUUCCUCAGUUGCUUAUAUUUGGGGAGCUGGGGAUGGUGGACAGUUAGGCACUGGAACCCAUGAAACUAGUCUCCUGCCAAUCAAAUUUCCUGUUUCUGAAGAAGUAGGUUCAUUGUUUUUUUAUUAGUUAGUUGGAAUAAAAAGUUUUUGUAUUAACAAGGCUUGUUAAUAAAGUAACUUUUUGUUUUAAUGAACUAUCGAACAGUUGGUCUCUUUUCACGAAAAGAUGUGGAUGUGAUCUAUCCAACCAAAAUUCAGACCUGUUAGACCGGAAAAAAUGUUCCACCUCAAAAGGUGGACCAGUUUUUUAGAAAUUUUUCCAGUUGGACCGAACCAACCCAUUGAGUUUUGGACCGAAAUUUCUGGAAAUUUUGGUUGAAUGGAUCACAUCCUACAUCUUGGUGUAUGAGUACAGUCAUUUUGUGAACUUUCACAGGAUUUCAUAUCCAUGUAAAUGACUAAAGUCAGUCACUAGCAGUUUCUACUGGACAAAACAUGGACCGGGUCCAUGGACAGUUUUUUUUUAAUAACGAGAAAUGAACAAAAACAGAAAUAGUGCAAAAAAGGUUGAAAAAAAAAACAACAACAGCAACAACAAACAAUGCUUGAUUGUCCAUGAAUGUCACUUUUUCCUGCAAUGUUUUGUCACGCUGGGCCCAGCUCCUUAGCACUGUUAGCAGGACGAUUAUAAAUUCUCACAGAUUAAGUGAUUUACAGAUCCAGAUCUCGAAGAAGAAGAAGUGGCAUGGAUUGUAGCUUAAACUGAAGCUACAUCAACUAUGGAGAACUGCGAUGUGACUCAGUCAUGAUUCCUCUAAAAGCAAUGAAUUCUUAACUCCAGCUUGAUUUUCUAAGGGUCCGCAAGUCUUUGUAUGGGAGCGCAUAAUUCCUCUCCUGGUGAUAACUUUUGAAUUAGCUUAAUUUAACAGUCUUGCGACUGCACAUGUGCAAGCAGAGUGUACGUCAUGUAAGCACAACUAAAUAUUUGUGAUCAAUCAUGAGCAUUGGUCAACAGUGUCUCGUCAAAUCUUUUUUUGGCACUAUUUCUGUCCAUGGACCUGGUCCAUGACAGGGGGUCUAUGGACCCCUGGUCCAUGUUUUGUCCUCACGUGUUUCGACUCGCAAAAAUGGUAUGAGACCAUUUGAACAGUUGGUAUCUUUUCACGAAAAAAUGAGUACAUACAUGGAUAUGGUCAGAGGCAUAUAACCCCUUUUAUAUGCUUCUGAUAUGGGUCAUGUUAACCCUUUAAGUCCCAAUAUCCACAUACAAAUUCUCCAAACUGAUCUCUAUACAUUUCCUUAAAGAAUGAGUCAAGAGAAUUUGAUAAAAGAUCAAAGCAUUUUCUCUUAGGUGAUCAUUUUAUUAAUUCUCAUAACCUAAUCUCUUCACAUUGUAUGGAUAUCGUGAGGAGAAAAUUGAUGUUGGUCACUAUUGGGACUUAAAGGGUUAAUAGCGCAACAUUCUACAACACUUUGAUCAUAGUUACUCGUCAGUUCUCAGGGCUGGCCACUUCUAGGGAAUUAAAUCCAUGUCAUUGGCAAAGAGCUCUCUGAUUACAAAUAUUAAUUAUUUUUACUGGCAUGGUAUUGAUGGAACUGUAUCUAGUGACAGAAAUUCAUGAAUACAAUGUACAAAAAUAACAUAAUAAUUUAGUACAAUGCAAUCAGGUUUCAUGUAUAGGAUGUGGUUAUGGCUUCACUUUGGCGGCUGAUACAAGCAGUUCUCAUAUUUGGACUACUGGUUUGAAUACAUUUGGACAGCUUGGAAGGCAACUCACUUGUAACAACUUAAAAGGUGAUAUAUCUCCCAAUUACUUUUUUCUUCCUUUUUCCCACAAGCAUCUAAUUAUCCAGCAAUGUAUAAGUUAGUAAAAAUGUAAAACAAUAAUAAUGAAAAUGAUCGGAAGACAAUAAAGGUUUAAAUGAGACUGGCAAAAAAGAAAACCAAGGAAUCAUUUUUUAAGAUAGUCACAUGAAUACCCUGUUAAGUUACAACAUUUAGAUUUGUGAACAAAAGCCAGUGAAUAACCAUUCAAGAGAAACACCUAAAUACUACUGUCACCUGGAGCUAAAUUGAUUCUUGAUUUUUUUCAACACACAUUAGUAAUAUUAAUUUGUAAAAUUGUAAUUUGUUGACCCUAAUGGAGCACUAAUAGGAGUUCUUAAGAACUUGUUGAGAUGAGUCUGUGAGUGUUCCAGAUUGAAUUGAAAUUGAAAGUGUCGGUUGGGAGAGGGGAAAACCAGAGAACCUGGAGAAAAACCUCUUGGAGCAAGGGAGACCUGACUCAACUGCGGCACCCUUUGCUCCCGGCAUAAUUAAUAAUAGUUUAAAAAAUAUUUUUUUAAUAACUUUUGCUCACUGGCUUUAAGGGUUUUGCUUUGAACAAGAGUUUUGUAAAGUCACGUGAUAGUUGUUAUCCAAAAGAAUGCUAGAUUUUACAUGUGCUCAUUGUACGGUAGUUUGCAGUGAAGUGAAUCUUAUAGAUUACACGUCAUUUGUUUACGUUUAACAAAGACUGUUUGGUCACAGAACAAAGACACAAUUACAAUUAGUUUUAAUGGUUAGAGUGUUAUAAUUUUCCAGAAUCUGAUGAAAAACCAGCUGCUGUCAACAUCCAUGUAGCUACAUUGCCAUCCAGAGUUGAGCAGAUAUCCUGUGGAAGAUCACAUUCUGUUGUGUUAUUGACUGAUGGCGAAGGUACAUGCUUACUGCUGCAAUAACUGUAGCAUCACUACUAUAUAUACCACUAGAGAGCUACUUUAUUCUGUUUUGUCUUUGUAACAGAUUUGACUGAUGUGUAGUUUCAGAAAAUAUCCAUACUCCAUGCACCAAAGGGAUUGGAAAUUCCUGGGGUGUGGGGGGUUCUCAAAGGCCCCCAAAUUUAAGUAAAUGCAUGAAGCUUGACUGGAAUUUCCAACAAGGUGGGGGGUGUUAGGAAAAAUCCCUUCCAUGGGGGAGGUAUGGAUAAUUUUUGAAACCACACAAUGGGUCAAGAUAGCAGAUUGGAGAAAGUUAUUGUUCAAGUUGUCUCAACAAUUUUGUGAGAGAUUUUAGCUUUAAUUGGGUAUUAAUGCACAUAGUUAUUCUGGAUGGCAAUUUACUUCAGUUGAUAUUAAUAUUAGAGCAAAUAAAUCUGUGCUUGGAAAAAAUUCUAAAUAGUCAAUGAAAUGAAUGAUUUUUAUGCACCAGUUCUAAGUUGUGGAGGUAACUAUCAUGGUCAGUGUGGAGUUGGAGAUCUGGGUUCAAAGUUAAUCAGACAAUUUACAAAGAUACCAGACAUUCCAGGAAGGAUUGUACAGGUACUAUGAAACAAUAUGCAUACAUUUAUAUAUGAAUUAAAUCUCUGACCUUGGAUCUAACUCCUUACCCUUUUAUACACCAUUUUUGACAGACAGGGUAUCCCUUUCAUAUACCUUCUAAUGACAAAUGGAGCGCUUUUAAAUAGCUAGUUUAGAGCUUUGCAUCCCUUUUAACCACUGCCUAUGCACUUUCUACUUAAUAUUGAAUAAAGCACAAGACCAGAACUUUUUCUGGGUAUUUGUAUAGCCAAAAAUGCAUCUUUAAGCCCUUUAUAGGGACGUUUUACAACCAAAAUGAUUUUGCAGGGCCCCAUUUAAACCAGCCUCUCUGAACUAAAUAAAUAAAUAAAUUUCUUUACCCUUUCAUAUACUUCAACUAGUGAAAUCUCUUCCCUUUCACAUACCUCAGACUCCUUUUGGAUGGAGCCUCCCCAUAUAUGGGCCACUAUCCCCCCUGGGUCUCUGUCAAGAUGGUUAAUAUGGUGUCUUACAACCACAGAUUCUCAUUUGAACACAAGUUCAGUUGCAAGAAUGAACCUUUGUAUUAUUAAUUAUUUUUGUGCUAUUGUCUAUCCACAGAUAGCAUGUGGUAUGGACCACACUCUUUUGUUGUCAGACGAGGGAGAAGUGUUCUCUUGUGGUUGGGGUGCCGAUGGACAAACUGGUGAGCACGCAGAAUGUAUUUGCCAGGGUAACUGGUUUGUGAGAACUGGCUGAUAACAGUUAGUGGCUUGCUUAUUCGAGGUGGGCGCUUAUUUGAGGCUGGGCACUUAUUAAAUUUUCACCAUUUUUUUUUGUUUUGACCUGCCUGCUUCAUCCAACUGGCUGUUUACAAAGCUAACUGUUUUUUUCUGUGCUAAGUGAUCAAGAGCUCUUGUCUAUGAAAGUAUAGGUAAUGGGAACAACCUGAUGAUGGCAAGGUUUUCAUUAAGGGCUAAGGAUGAGGAUUGUUGUUGAAGUUAGUAAUGUAAGGUCCUUGUUGCAGGUUUAGGUCACUUCCAUAAUGAGGCAACAUUUAAACCAAUCCAGGGAGCACUGAAAGAUGUUAGGAUAAAACAAAUUGCUACUUCAGCGGACUGCUGUUUGGCUCUGUCAGGUAUUAACCUCAGUAUAAUAAUAAACAUCAUUUUGCUCUAAAAAUAUUUCGCGAUUUCUGAUUGGUUAUUUCCCCGGCUAAUUCUGCAUAACCAGCGAAUGCCGGAAGAUGUGAGAAAUUACUAUGCAAUCAUUGACGUCAGUCACACUGAUGUCAUUGGUGUAUAUUGGUACUAUUCAAACAUUGACAUCAUACACGACUACAGAAGUUUAAAAAAAUGACGAAAGGAUUCAUAGCGGUGUUUUAAUAGAGUAAAUAGUAUAAAUAACCGAAUUACUGACUAAAAAUAAGCAGAGUGAAUGCAUGAAACACGCAAAAAUAUUGUUUGAUGGAUUUCAUCUGCUUUCUCUGAGGGAUAUAUGUAAAUAGUAAAAAACACCCGUUCAUAUUCUGAUAAAACAGUAAUUGUUUUGAAGAAAGUCUACGAGGAGGUAAGAAUGUUAAGAACUUAGAAAUUUUUUUUGAAUGAAUGAUAAAAAGAGUCUUGAAAUUGGCCCGUGUGAUAUAUGCACAUCUCGGAGUUUGUUAUCACAGAGGCUGAAGGCCGAGGUGGAUUACAGCUUCCGAGAUCUUCAAAAUUCGUAUCAUACUCAGCCUCAUUCAGUAAUUGAUGAAACACAUAUAUUUAGUAGUCUUAAAGAACUGACAUAUGGAAAUAAAUGUUUCUUUCAAAACUAAACUAGUAUCAGGGGCACCCGACGACUUUUUUCUGUAAAAUAUCUGUUCGGAGAAGCAAAUAUCGCCUAGAAUUUUCUAUUACUUUAGGGUGGCUAAAAAUUUCUAGAUGACUGUUCCAUUUAAGGAACAAUUUUCGAAGCUUAUCUAAUAAAUCCCCUACGAUUUUCUAAAGUGUAAUUUUUCACUCCUCAGGAUAGGCUAUUUUUCGUAGAAAAAAGGCAACCUUAAAUUUUCGGAUUAAAAAAUGUUAUGAAGAGAGAUAUUAGAAAAAAUCUCACUUUCGUAAUACGUUAAAUUACAUCUAAAAUUUUCGGUGAAACAAAACUGAAGCCCUUGAAAUUUCGAAAAGACUCAACUUCCCCUACGAAGACCUAACAGAUACAAAUUUUAUAGCGCCGCUUAGAAUGCAUUUCUAGAGAUCUAAGAGUACUCUGGAAAGCCCAAAAAGACGUUUUAAUGCAUUUAGGAAGAAACCGUCGUUGGGUGCUCCUGUAGUAUGAGGGACCCCAAGAUACCGUUUUAUGUUUCUACAAUUGUAAAUACAUAUUUUAGUUGAAGGGGAAGCUUUUUCUUGGGGAAACAACGAGUAUCAGCAACUGGCAACGGGAAGUGAUGAAGAACAGGUAGGUAUAUGCAACUUACAAGUCGCCUACUACAACUUUCACAAGCCGGUCUUGCUUUACUCGCCAUUCCUGUUUAUUACCCUUCUUCUAAUCUUCGUUAAAGAGUUAAAAGGAACAUAUGUCCGACAAUGUUGGCUGAAUAAGACUGAAUUUUCUACCUGUGCAACCCCUUUACGCGGAACUGUUCAAAUUCUGUUACACAUUGCAGAACUGUUUAUCGCUCAAAAAUUUGCUUUGUUCUUCGAGUACCGUGUAAACGAAAGGCGGAUCCGUGCACGUUUUUUCCGUUCAAACGUUUGUCCGGACUAGUGUAAACGGGGCUAAACAAUCUCUUUAAAGGAGCUGUUUCGAUGAUACUUUGUGUGUUUACCCAUGCACAAAAGGCUCUUUUAGAGUUGUGAGGAAUAGCUCAACAAAUUUCAUCAGAAAGCACUAACCAUAAUAUUUUUUGUGAUUUUGCCGGCAUAGCAUUAAAACUUGUAAACGCUGGCGCAACUUUGUAAAGUUUCAAUCCAUGUCCAUCCUUGCCAUCGAUGGUAACAGAUAACAAAGCUGGACCAUUAUUUUUUUUCUGAAAAGAUAGCAAAUAGCGUGGAAUAGCCCUUUAAUUGCGGUGCAAUCUUUAGCUGCAAAAUGAGUCUUAAUUAGUAAUAUUGAUCUUUCAAGUCAUCAUGUACGACCGCCGGCAGGAUUUCGUGUGACAUAAGUAUAUUUAUUGGGGCACUGUACAUUGUAUUAAUAGCAAACGGCAGAGAAAAAUACAAAAAAGUGACCAUCUCUCUCGGAAUCAUUUCAAAUUCAUGAUUAUGCCUGCCCUUGUUUGCCACUGUAUUACUCAACCUUUCUACUGCUGUUUUUUUCAGCUUGCUGCCCCCACAAGAGCUAAAUUAUUGAAAAAUUUACCCCAAAUUAAACAAGUUUCUGCUGGUGGUUCAAACUGCGCUGUUGUCACUGGUGGGUAAAACACAGUGUUUUGAUGCUUUAUCACAGGGUGCUCAAGAAAGUUAAAAAACGUUGUUUACAUGAUUUUGAAAUAUUCAGGACAGUUUUGAUUUAUUGCCAAGUAAGGCAUUUUCCAAUCAAAACCCAAGAUGUCAUUGGAAGGCGGAGCUAGUCAUAGCCUGCGAAAACAUCCGUUUCUCCUCGCUCUUCGUCGCUGAGGACGUUUCGCGCGGAGGAACGUCUGUGAUAGCCUCCCACGCAGACGUUCUUACGGGUUCGUCACGCAAUCAUUCCUCCCCCACGUGGGGCAGGAACGCGUGACGAUCCCCUAAGAACGUUUGCGUAGGAGCCUACGUCUGCGACUCAGGGACAGAAAUUCCAAACUGAUGACGCAAAUCAAUGUUUACAUAAUAAAUCCGGUAGUCAUGGGGUUCCAAAUACAAAUUUGUCUAAUUUUGCGUGUGUUCUGGUCGAUUUUGGUAAAGUGUUGUGUUGAUCUGCCCACGAGCUCCAGCAAAACUCAAAUGCUUCUUCUAGAGAAGACUAUAUUCCACAAAUAUUGACUGUUUUGUUAGAGAUUCUUCGCGUUUACGGUUGAUCUUUGUGGCCUUUUGUCUUUUGUCUGUCAUUCAUAAACAAUAGCUAAAACAAUGGAUUCCGGAUUCCGGAUUCCGGAUUCCGGACAGAUUUUACGUCAUCAGUAUGGAGUUUCUGUUGCUGAGUCGCAGACGUUCCUCCGCGCGAAACGUCCCCAGCGACGAAGAGCGAGUAGAAGCGGAUGUUUUCGCAGGCUAGGCUAGUCAUGGGACUCUAUAGUUGCAUUUGUACUUCUUCGGGAUGCCCAGGAUCCCAAUCCGUUCUUGGAGUAUAACUGGCUCUGUAUAAUUUGUACGUAUUCACCAAAUUGCUCCGCAAAGAUUUGUCCAGUAGGACUAGUGGUAACGGUAUCACAAUCUUCACUAUAACAACACUUUACUGAUUCGUAAUAAAGAUUAACUUUGAACCCUGCAUUCUUGUUUGUUUUUUUGUUUGUUGAUUUGUUGUUGAUGUUUUUCAGAAUCAGGAGACGUAUACAGUUGGGGGUACGGUGUCCUUGGUCACGGCAGAGAGGUUUCAUUUACUAAGACACCGAAGAAGAUACAAGAGUUUGAUAACAUAGACGAACCUGUUGCUCGAGUAUGCUGUGGCCCGGACUACAUGACUGUUAUUACAGGUUGGUAACCUGUGCAGCCAUUUACUUAAAAAAAUAGUCACAACGCAACAAUUACAUGGAGCCUGUAAACUGUCUUCAUCUCUGUUUAUCUUUUAGUGUAGUAGUUGUACUUGUUUGCGUUCCUUGUGACCUUUUAGAGUAGUCAGGUAAAAAGUACGUUUCGAUUAAGGUCCAAAUUUCAAAAGAAGUGUGGCAAGUUUUUAUAUUGUAGAAAAACGUCCGCUAUAGAGAUUUGACUCUUUCCACCGAUGCCGACUGCGUUUGACUCCACCCUUUUUUUUAUGGGCUAAGUCUGUUGUUGGACGGGGAUUCUUUCUUGGUUUGGGAACUUUUUUUCCCGAUACUCCCGUGUUGUCGUCUUCUGGAAAACCAACAACGAGUUCCUAACAGCUCUGAGGUAUUUUGUGGGUAAACGAAGUACAAUUACACUAUCACUAUUGCUAUGUAUAGCCAACUCUUUGCCUCCAAUCAAUUCUCCCAACGAAAACCAGUGGGAACGCGUCAAACUGCGAACGGACUUCGCUAGGCGGGAAAGGUAGGUCAUGGGUCAGGAGAAAUACGCGCGUGUUCAGUUAUUUUUGUUUUGACUGAAAUGUGGCACUUGCCACAAUCUUCUACCACCUUGUUCAACACCUUCCUCAAAAUCAAACUAGCAGACAGCUGGCCCGGAGAUGUGGGGGAUGACGCCGGGAGUACAUCCGAAAUUAUGAAGCCCAAGAAGGGGUCCCCCCCGGACUAUUCGACAUGGUCGCGGCUAGAUGGAAUCCCUCACAAAAUUGAACGAAAAUCCUGCCAAACGCACUUUAGCCAAACUCAUGUUAAAGAGCUUCUGGGGAAAAUUUGGCUAGCAGUCCAACAAAUCACUUUCCCCGCCAAGUUUUAACAACUUCUCGACAAUGACGUAAUUCAAAUCCACAGCGUGAGAGUGGUCAAUCCUGAAAUGCUAGAGGUGGUCUACAACAACAUUGAAGAGGCAAAGCCAUAGAGCCCAAUAUCUUCAUUGCUUGGUUCACUACCUGUCAUGCUCUCCUCAGGCUAUACUGGCUAGGCCUCUCCGUGCUCAACCCUGAAGAGGUGAUAUACAUGGACACCGACAGUAUUAUUUACAAGCGGCGCCCAGGUGUCACCAAACUACCCAUUGGCCUAUAUUUGGGGCAGUUUAAAGAUAAAUUGGACGGAAAUGACGUCAUCCUUGAAUUUGUUGCCACAGGUCCCAUAAAUUACGGGUCAAUUCGCGUUGCCUAGAUGCCGUAGUUCAUUAAUAUGCAAACUUUGGUCACAUGACCUAAAUGCUGGCUUCUGACUGGUCAUGACCCAAAACGGACCCCCCCCGGCUACUCAUGUAUGUCACUUGAAGCGUUAGUUAGGAGGCCGAAAUGACCGGUGGAAGGUGUCGAGCAACAGCGGUUUCGUUUUCUUGAAGUUUGACUAUUAUUUUGUUCCCAGAUUCUGGAUCACUGUACACCUGGGGAAGAGGGUCCUUCGGCAGACUCGGACUUGGUUCUACUGAAGAUCAGUGGAUUCCUAAAAAGGUGUGUUUGAUCUUUCGUACCUAAAUUAAACCAUCACAGUCCUUUUUGUACUGCGAUGUGUGUGUAGGGUGAGGCGGGGGGUAGAAGGGAGGAGCAAAAUACAUAAAAGUACUUGAUGUACCGCUACUUUCUUUCCCUUGAACACAAGGUGACUCAGUGAGUUACUUAGGUCAUGUUUAUUGUAGCAGCUCUUUCUCCGUGUCAUUCUUCAUCAAUGCCGAGUUGAUUUUGAAGUCACUUUUGUACUGAACGUUAUUGUGGACCUGCCCGCAGCUAGAAGUUCCUGCUUUACGCUGUCUGCAUCGCACUAGAAUUUAUCAAUAGAUAUAUACAGGCCAUAGCAGUUUCUCGCGAGCCAGUCCCCUUCUUUCGCCAAAUAAAGAUGUCAUGACUUUCUUUUUUCAGGUUUCAUUACCUGGUGAAGUAAUAGAGAUAAGCUGUGGCUUGGACCAUAUGGCGGCCAUCAUAAGGCUGACUUGAAUUUCACUGCCUUUUGUGACCUGCAUGUUCACGGCCUCAGUUGGAGCAAUUCAUGCAAGAAGUGCAAGGAAGUUACAAAUGAAAGUUUGCAACUGAUGCUGUACUAAUGUCAAAGACACACAUGAUUACAGAACUUUCAUACGCAAGAUUGAUAUUUAAUUCUCGAUGAAUACGUGUUAUUGCCUGUUGAGAGCACUGAACGCUGUUUUGAUCACUUGUUUGCGAUAUUCAACAAAGGACUCCUUGAUUGAAAGGAUCCUUUCCUGAAUCGAACAAAGCACACUUUAAAAAGACAAUUUUUUGCCCUUGUUCUUUAAGACCAUUUUAUUUGUCUGCUUUCCUAAAGCAAAACCCAAUCCUGUACAAG